CGAACAAUCGCAAAGUUGAAGCUAUCAGCUAUCAAGAAGAUGGAAAAGUCCUUGAAUAUUAGAAUCACGAAAUGUUUAAUUUUUAUUCUAAACUUCGCUAUGAGCGUGGCUUUUGAUAUACAAAAUUAUAGUUAUGGAGAGAUGUUAUUCCAAAGGCAUCCAGACCUUGUGCUUCAAUUGCCAACCAACGUGAAAAACGUAAGACGAAAGAUCUUUGAAGUUCCGAAUGAAAUGCGCUGUUGUUUCAAAUGUAUGAGAGAAACAUGGUGUUAUUCGGCGAACUUUAGAACCGCUUCUGGAGAAAACGGUCUUUACGCGUGUGAGGUUCUAUCUACAGAUAAGUAUUCCAGUCCGCCUCAUAAAUAUUUGAAGGAAAGCAAGGAAUUCGUUCACUUGAGCGUCGAGGUUUUACCAAACAAGUGUAGGAUAACUCCAUGUAUGAAUGGAGGAAUAUGUAUUUUUCUUGACAAAAGGCAAGGCUAUCGCUGCCAAUGUAAAGAAGGAUAUGAUGGAGAUGAGUGCCAAAAGGAAGGACUUCAGACAUCACAAAUUCUACGUAAUUAUGGAAACGCCGAAUAUCUGAGGGCACUUUCGAGCUACUUGGCUCCUUUGCUUCAGAAUCCAAAUACGAGUCGUUGGGUAAGGUGUUGGCACGCUGCARCAGAUGGAUGGGAUGUAACAAAGACAUUCCACCCACAAUGUGACGGAAAGGGACCCACGGUGACUAUUAUUCGUGUCAAGAAAUAUGUMUUUGGGGGAUAUAGUGAUGUAUCAUGGAGCGAAUUUCGUGGUUAUUCAUCAUCGAUUAAAGCAUUUCUCUUCUCGCUGUACAACACCAAAGGCUACCACCCCAUUAAAAUCGAACUCACUGGAAUUGCCAAUCAAUUUGCUAUCUUAAGAUCAAGAGACAAAGGGCCGACGUUUGGUAGCGGACCUGACUUACAAAUCUCAAACGCUGCAUCCUCUAACCUUAAUUCUUUAGCACGUUGCAGCACGUACAAGACUCCCCCAGGCUGUCUAGAUAACAAAGAGUGUUCUUUCUAUACUGGGAGUUGCUACUUCACCCCAUGCGACGUGGAAGUAUUCUAUGAAAAUACGAGUUAGAUAUCUAAAAAACAUUUUUGGCUCAUUGUUAGUAGGAAACUUUUACCAAAAAUAUUUCGCUUAAAGAUACUAAAGUUCUGAUGGUGGUAAAUUUGUUUGAUUAGCUUUGCCUGAGAAAAAAAGUAAAUAACAAUAAUGAUAAUGACAAUGAUAAGUGCACUUUAAGGCAUGGUAACCGUAACAGAUGAAGUAUACAACAAGAAGCAAUCACGAACUACUAAGCUUAGAGUUUACUAAAAAUCAACUGUUUUUGGUUGUUCGAGUCGUUCAAACAGAGAAAAAAAAUAGAAGCUAGUUAUUACCAUCUUCCUGCACAAUGACGAUGAUGACAACGACGAGGAUGAUGAUGAUGAUGACCUCGACGACGAU